CGGCGCUCAACUGUUGACUGGCUCCGCGUUCUAAGACUUUCCACAAAACAGACUGAACGCGGCGGGAACUUGAGAGGAAAAACCCGAAGCGACCAGACCAUCGUUUCUAUAAAAGACAACAAGAUUGAAUUGAGGAACAUCACCAUGACAGAACAACCAGGGUGUUCCACUGCAUCGAUGCAGACACCUUUGCAUAUUGACCUGCCACCUGUUGAUCAAGACAACGUCUCAUUUAUUAUCAGUAAAUGUCUGAUACAGCUACCAAUACAGCAGUGGGACUUCCUGUAUUCCGGCCUUCUCACCUAUGAUGUGGUUACUGGGCUGGCCUUCUCUUGCAUGGAUAUUAUCCAGACUUUUGCAGAGGCCAUCUUGGACUGUGCGAUACCGAAGGCCUACAGAUACAUGAGAACCAAUGAGGCCUUUUAUUCAACCAUCGUGACUGAGGACCAGAUCCACGCCUACCUGGAGGAUUCUGUUGGACAAGCGCUGACUAAAUGUAUGAAGAUCGAUGUGCAGAAUUUAGUAUCUACCAAGUCGUUCACAGAGUUACUUGUGAGACACAUCACAAGGACAGUGAACUCAGUCCUGACUUUGUCCACUUCUGCUCCCAUCCUGGAGUCCAGAAUACCAGUGUUGUUUGUCAGUGGCUGUGUGACUUCCAUUAGAGACCUUACAGACAUGGCUUUCCAAAUGGCCGUCAUACUGAUGGCAGCCAUCGAUGCUCAGAAGCCACCUGAAGAGCUGACUGGAGCUCAGUUGAGCACGACCACAUUGCCUGAACCUGGCAUGGAAGUGGAGCCCCCCAUACUCUUUUCGAAUUUCAACCAUGACUUAGUGAAACAGCUGAGGAAUUACAUCAUUCACAUGGUCAAAGUCCUAAAAGGUGGAGUUCAAAAGCCACUUUGUGAAAUUAACUUCAGCAACUAUCAAGAUGUUUAUAUCAGAGUUGGCAUGAACACACGAAUUUUGACUGUGGAAAACAGUGAAACACAUGGACAGGAAGCUUCCAUGCCUUCCUGCGGUGGUUGGGACGCCAUACCAGGCGUUGUACCUUACAGCGAUGAACCCAAGUCCCAUCCUAAGAGCCCUCCCUUUUUUUCAGCUCCUGUAAUUAGCAUAACAGGCUGUUUCAAUCAAAUAGAUCCCAUGAAGGAGUUAGACAUUAUCAAGAAGAUAGCUGAUGAACUGGUACAAGAGUUUUUGGAGGAACAGCAGGGGGCAGAAGAGACAUACGACCUUCAAAAAGCCGCCUCUGAUGGGCUGGAGGAUGUCGACAAAGUUAAGAUGAGAGAAUUCACAGACAGAAUCUUCAAUGUGAUAAUGAGCGGAGUUGACUACCAGAUUCCAUUAGUGCCAGCCAGAACACGCGUGUGCGACAGUGUGACCUAUAGACAGCUGAGGAGAUCCGACAUCGGCGCCCCGGGCGCUGUUGCUCGUAUCCUUUACAUGAAGACAGAAGAGGUUGUCGCUCGUUGUGUUUCGCAGGUUCUCCUGUGGUCAGCGCUAAAAUCAAAGAGGUCUGGACAUUUCUUUCCGGGUCCUAGUUUACAGGACUUGUUAUUCCAGCCUGACUUACUUCUUACAAUAGAUGCAAUAGGAGAGCAUGUAGCAGUGCCAUUGAGAAUUAGUUCUCAAGCCUCGGAUGACACGUAUGAUUUAGUCAGUGAGUCCCAGGCCUCGACGCACUCAGACAUGCUGUUAAGGUGUACUGUGAUGACUUGGCUGAUUCAGCAUAUGCUUACUAAGAAAGGGAUUGAAAUCACUGAAAUAGUGAGCGAGGCUAUAAAGAAAGCAUGUGAGCACAUUUCAAACGAGGCUCUCGAAGCCUCCCUGUUGAAUAAAAACUGUGAGGACAUCACAGAGACUCUCUUUGCCGACCUCCUGCUGGAGUUUGGUUCUGUAAGCGAGAUGCGCAGGGCCACGGCAGCAGGGGAUCCCAGCUUUGAAGAGGCUAUUGUGAGCACGCUGAGGAAACAGCUAGGAAUUCCAAUAUUGGCAUCGCCUCAUGAAAAUGCAGCAAAAAAAACGACCUGUGGUUUCAUCAAGAAAUUCAAAAGACUGUGCUGCAAGAAAACGUCCAAGAAGACCAGCGAGACCACCGCCGUCAUCGAUCUAACCUCCGACCAGGACGACUAUGAGCUUCCUGACGAUGAUUCUCUGAGGGAAGAAACGCAGCGAUGCUGGUGUCCAUGCAUGUGCAGAAUACCUGCCUUCAUCAGAAAGACGUGCUCGUCCCAAAAGAGGACGUUCUCCUCUAUUACCAGCGCAAUGGGCAGACCCUUCAUCACUUGCUUCUGCCCAGAGAGCGAGUAAAGCCCCAGCAUUCAUGUGUGGUGUGAAGAUCUGAUCCACAACAGAGCUCAGGACAAGACACUGAAAAGCAGAACGGGAAUUGUUAAAAUCUUCCUCCCCUAUCCUUUCUGCAGACCAACGACAGAAGAGGAGUCCCAGCCCUAUUUGAAAAGAAGCCACUUAUUAUAUUUUUCUCAGUGAAAGUGAAAUGCAAAUUACCAUUCCAACUGAAAUCGUGACUCACAUUGCAAGUGCAAUAUCUGCCAAAAAUAAUUGGAAUCGUGCAGCCCUAAUAUACACUUCUACUACUACUUCUUUUUCGCUGAUGUUCCCAUUUAUUGCAAAUAUGAUGAAUAAAACUGACUGACAUUACA